UCAUCAUUCCCUUAUUUCAAAGUUCUCAAAUCCUUAAUUACCCCCAAAUUCCAGAUCUAGCUCAUCUCCUCUCCUUCGACUCUCUGAAUCCGCAAUGGCCCGCACGAAGCAGACUGCCCGCAAGUCCACCGGCGGCAAGGCCCCGAGAAAGCAGCUGGCGACGAAGGCCGCCCGCAAGUCCGCUCCGGCAACCGGCGGUGUGAAGAAGCCCCACCGCUUCAGGCCCGGAACGGUCGCUUUGAGGGAGAUCAGGAAGUACCAGAAGAGCACCGAGCUUCUGAUCCGCAAGCUCCCCUUCCAGAGGCUAGUAAGAGAAAUCGCCCAAGAUUUCAAGACCGACCUCCGCUUCCAGAGCAGUGCCGUCUCCGCUCUCCAGGAGGCCGCCGAGGCUUACCUCGUGGGUCUGUUCGAGGACACCAAUCUGUGCGCCAUCCACGCCAAGAGGGUCACAAUCAUGCCCAAGGACAUCCAGCUCGCCCGCCGCAUCAGAGGCGAAAGGGCUUAAGCUUCCUUUCUAUUGCAUCGCUCUGUUUGAUUAGCUUCGGUUUAGCGUUUGUGGUUAUGACUGUGUAUUGAUUACUCGUAGAGAAGUUGUAUUCGCUAUCGAAAUUCAAUGGAAAAUCUCUCAAUUUCCUUCCAGAUCCGUUGCAUCUCCAAUUAAAUUAAAUUAAAUUA